GGCUAUAGCUGGUAAUAGUUGUUUUCGCAAAAUUUUCCUUACCUUAAUUUCCUUUUGCCAUAGUUAUUUUUUAUACUUUAGUGUUUAAAACUUAACAACAGUACUGGUUUUCUUGUGGUUUCAUCGAAACGUGAAGAAUACAAACAUGUUUAUUGUUUGUUAGAUCGUAUAUGAUCGCGGGGUUUUCGAGUAUAAAAACGAUGCUGAAGGCCGCGUCGUUGCUUUUUAUGGUGUCGACAGCACUUGCAGAAAUCACGACACGAUGUGGAUCUGAAAUCGGUACUACUUUUAACAAGACAGAAGACGGCGUAGAAGGACGCUAUACAGUGGAAUGGUGUACCCAAAUACCCGAGAAUGCAAAACUUUGGGAAAUUCAACUGGAACACACAACUGACAAUAAAUUUAACGUUUGUAGAAAUAAUAUCACUCUCAGGCAGAAGCAUGGAAUGAAAAUGGCAUUCCAUUCUGGACCAUUGAUAUUGGACAUUACCAAUAGACCUCAGUGUAACAUUACCUGUCUAUCAAAACAGUUUAAUGCAGUUUUCUCAAGCUGCUACAAGGUAUGCAGCAAGAUAAUUGAGAAGAAAGAAACCAAUGAACAUGGGGUCACUAACACGCUAGUGCACUUAAUGAUGGAUACGUAUCAUCGCAUCGACAACAUGUUCACCAGCCAUCAAGCCCUCAAUACGUUGCAACCUAUCGUGCAACUUGAAAAGAAUAACCGUGAGCUCGUGGCCACGUACAACCUUCACUACAUAGACGUGAGCGAAUCAUUUGGCAUGAUAAGAAAAGAGUAUAAGAAAAAUUCCACUACUAAAGAAAUUGAUGCUGUAGAUUGGAUAAACAUCAGAGGCAACUGCACCCCGCUGUCUGAGUCUGCUACAGUUGUUUGCCACCUGCGGUGUCCCGACGCGGGUAAUUGUGUACUACUGUCUUUGGUAUACACCGCGUCUUAUCGAAACAGCAUCGACGACCCCAGCGUCUUUGAAUACUGUGCGUCGAGCGAGGAGAGGGAGAUCGACCCAGGCAUGGACCCUCGCGUGUGGUGGGCGAUAGGUGCGCUGGUGCUGACGCUGACUCUGCUGGCGGCGUGCUGGGCCGCGCACUCGCGCGUGCUCGCCAAUCUGCGCAAGAAGGUGCUGCACGAGUGGGUGCACAGAUACGCUUCGUACUCAGUUGAGCACCCGCCAGCGGUAGACCCCGGCCGCAUCCUCCUGCUGUACGCGCGGGACUGCGAGCCGGCCAUGGAGGCCGUCAGCGUGCUGAAGGAGAUGCUCGAGGAAGGCGCUCCGGCCCGGGUAUACGACUUAUUCAGCGCCGACUGCAUGGCGCUUUACGCCCAAGCACCGGAAGAGUGGCUCUGCGGCUUGCUAUCGCGGCCCGACGUGCGCGUCGUGCUAGUGCAGACCCCGGCCGCCGCGGCGCUGUACGCGGCGCAGGUCUCCCAGGACAUGCAAAUGCAACAACCGCUGCUGGGAGCUCGUGUGCAAUACAAGAAACCUCACUAUGGAGAUGUGCUACUGCAGUUCGCAUUACGAUUGGUGCGUGACAUGGCCCCGAUGCAGCAAGAGUAUGCUCGGUAUUACAUCGCUACUGUCUCGGAGCUGGGUGACUCGGUGCUGCCGCAGGUGGCGCCCUACCGGCGCUACUCGCUGCCCUCGCACGCCUUGCGCCUGCUGGCCGACCUGCGCCUGCGCGCGCCCGCGGCCCCGCCCGCGCGGCUGCAAGCCCUCGCCGCCGCUGUAAGGGACCUGCUCGACUACGUCAGGGCCAAUGAGAACUACUUGCGGGACGAACUCAUGUUCAUAUAGGUACGCACAGACACUUCACGGAACACUUGAAGGAUAAUGUUGUAGACCGCGGGCCAGGAACAGAUUUCCAUGACCGAUCGCCUCCCGGGCGAAAACUCGUAUAGUGGUUAACGGCUAUGUAUGAUGAACCCCUGUGAACGUCAGCUGCCGCUCCGUUGGUGGGUUGAGGAAUGGCAGCCACCGAAACGCGUAACACGGUCUUUUCACCGCGAUACAACAGGCUGACGAUUUGUUUUAUUAGCGGGCGAUGACUGACGAAAUUUGCGCCUGGCUUGCGGUCUAUAGACAUAAUGCGCCGACCCCAAGUGAAUGGGACAAGGGCAAGCGAAUGAUGAUUAAUUUAAGAUCCGAUGGAAUAGAAACACAAUUUAUAGAAAUUAUAGAUAUUAAAAAUGACGUCAGUAUACGAAAUUGGUGGCCAGAAACCGAGUCUACUUUAUUGUAAAACUGAAAACUUGUCAAUUAUACUAGUCCAAUAAUUGGAUAGGAUAAUUAUUAUCUUCUUGCUACAUGGGGUUGCUGUUUUCACUCGACCAUCUAAUCUUACAAACCGGCAUGGUUCUAGAAGCUGGUGUUGUGUAUAUAUAUACAGGGUGUAAUCGUUAAGUGUAGCCAUGCUUCAUAAUAUAUAUAUAUAUUCUGUAUAGUCGGUCAAGCAAAUCUUGUCAGUAGAUAAAGGCGCGAAAUUCAAAUUUUCUAAGGGACUAUAUCCCUUCGCGCCUACAUGUUUUAAAUUUGCCGUCUUUUUUCUACUGAUACGAUUUCCUUGACCAGCUAUAAUUAAUAGUCUAUAUUCCUGAAUGAUUCAUUUUCAAUGCCAUAUAAUAGGCAAUUUAUACAUAUAAUAAAGCGGAAUAUUUAUACAUAUUGGCACCGUGCGAAGUACAUGGUAGGGGUAAGGAAAACGAUCGCAGCGCAUAAGGUGGUAAAAAUUGACAACUAUGGAUUAGUAACAUUUUCAUACUAGUUAUAUGGGUCGAAAUGGAACUUUAAUCUACGAUUACUCCUGAGAUAUUCAUUUAAAUUGUAUGGUGUAAGGGACCAUUGUAAUUUGUAUGAAAUGCUUAAUAUAACUAAUGUAUUUAAUUUGAUAAUUAUUAACACUGUAUCCGUGUAAAUAGCUUUGCAAAUACCACAUACUAUGAAAUCUUUUUGUAGAAGAUAAGAAUGGGUAUAGUAAGUUAUCCUUAAAAGAUAGACAUACACCAUCGCGGACUUUUUUGUAGACCAAUGAAAGAGAAAUCUUUUCACCAUACAUUGUUUUGUUAUAUCUCAAACGGGUUGGGCAGCGUUUUCGAUUAAAGCUCUUAGCCAGCGUGAUUUUUUUCUGACUUCAUUACCAAAUAUCGUCAUAUUUCAACCAAUUUACACAAAACCUUAACAAAUUAUACGCCUUAAGCUUCCUCAAGAAUCACUCUAUUCAUAGGUGAAAACCGCAUAAAAAUCCGUUCAGUAGUUUUCACUGAAAUUAUUACGAUUUACUUACUCUCGCUUAAUAGUUUUGACAAAAUACAAGCCUAUAGUUGCAACCGCUGUGUGGCGCUGACAUCGUGCACGGUCCCAAUAGGAAGAGGGUCGAAAGUUUGUACAUGGAAGAUAUUCGAAAAAAAAUUUGCUGGGGAUACUUAGAAUCGAUAACAGAACACGUUCCAACAGUUUUUAGAAUUUUUGUCUGUUUGUCUGUUUAUCUGUUUGUCUGUUUAUUUGACCGCGCAUCAAAUGAAAACGGCUAAACGAAUUUUGAUGCAAACUUUACUAAUCUAUCGAAUAAAUCCACGACCAGGUUAUAGGCUAUAAAAAUUAGAGAAAUUUCACCCCUAAGGGGGUUAAAAAGGGGAUUUAAGUUUGUAUGGGGUUCAAGAUUUAUUUUAAGCUAGCAAUUUGAAACUUCGUAAAAAGAUAUAUUAUUAAAAUACAAGAACACAAAUUUUUGAAAGCCAUGGGGAUAGGGAUGAAUUUUCAGCGUUUUUGAAAAUUCAUCCCCUAAGGUGGUGAAAAAGAAGUUGAAAGUUUGUAUGAAGGUCAGUUUUUUUGGAGUGCGUUUUACUUGAAACUUUGUAUAUGGGCAUAUUAUUAUAAUACAGGAAAAGUGAUUACAGCGUUUUCAAAAAUUCGUCCCCUAACGGGGUUGAAAGUUUGAAUACAAUACAAAUGCUUUGAAACUUCUUAGGAAGGCAUAAUAGACGAUUACAAAAAAAGUAACGUCAACGUUUUUGGAAAUUUAACCCCUCAGGGGGUUGAAAAGGGGAUGAAAGUAUGUCUUGGGGUGCUAAUUUUAUUUUAAGCUAGGAACUUGAAAUUUUGCAAAAAGGUAUUACUUAUAUUAAAAAUCAAGAAAACCACUUUCAGCGCUUUUGAAAAUUCAUCCCUUAAGGUGGUAAAAAAGGGGUUGAAAGUUUGUAUGGAGGUCAAACAUUUUUUGAGGCGGAACUUGAAUCUUUAUAUAAAGGCACAACGACGACUGGUCACCACAAAAGUACCCAAUACCCUACUCAGAAGCCGAAAGGCUUCUGGCUGCAGAGGAAAUACUGGGGCCGCCUCAACAGAAUCCGCACAGGUCAUGGCAGGUGCAUGUGACACAAAUGGGGAUGGAAAGAGAGCCCGUUGUGUGACUGCGGCCUUGAAGACCAAACUACCCAGCACAUUGUUGAACGAUGCCAAAAUAGACGUUUCCAAGGUAGCCCGGAGGACCUCUUUAAGUACCUACCAACGGACCUCUAUAGGUACCUACCAAUCUGAACGAUAACUCCAUUAAAACAAAAUGUCCCUUUCAAAAGUUAUUUUAUACGACUAGCGCUCUGGCUGUAUAGCAUUAACUAAAAUUGAUAACCCGUUUAGCCUAGCGGGUAUUGGCAGUAUGGCAGUAAUUCAGUUCAGGAAGCUAAUGGUCCUGGGUUCGAAUCUCAGCGAGGGAAUUUCUUUUUGUAUUUUUUUUUUCUUUUUUGUUCUUGUUAGGUGAUGUUUUUAAAUUAGCAUUUCCUAAAUAAAUCUAUUACAUAUUAUAAUAUAAAGCGGAAGAAGGUCGAAAGUCUGUACAUGGAAGAUAUUCGAAAAAAAGUGGCUGGGGAUACUUAGAAUCGAUAACAGAACACGUUCCAACAGUUAUUAGAAUUUUUGUCUGUUUGUCUGUUUAUCUGUUUAUUUAACCGCGCAUCACGUGAAAACGGCUGAACGGAUUUUGAUGCAAACUUUACUAAUCUGUCGAGAAAAUCUCCGGCCAGGUUAUAUGCUAUCAUAAUUCAACCCCUAAAAGGGGGGGUAGCCACUACACAUGAUUUAGUCGAAGGUGCAGGUCCUAAAAUACGGCGUAGCGUGAGCAAAAGAUUUCACCAAGCCACCGAGAUUUGUGAU